AUGGCAGUUAUAAUGCGGAUCUAAACGCACAUGUCGAUAGUUCGAGUAGUGCCGAGGAUCUAGGCAAUAUUUUUUUGGUGCAUACGCAGCAGGACUCGCCGCAAUGAUCGGAUAUCUCUUUAUAUUGUAGAUUCUCUUCUUCGCAAUGUCGAGCGUUAUUCUAGCGGCUCCACAGUGGUAUGGGCCUCACGCUUCUCCAGCACCACUGGGUCCAGAUGGUCGCGUGGUGGAUACGCCGGAAGUCGCGCAAUUAAAAGUUGCUCAUUUAAAUGCCGUAGCGGAAGCUAACGCACGUGCGCCGAAGGGACCAGGACCGGCUGGUGCUUACGCCGGACCUAAUGGGCCCUAUGCUCCCGGAAAUUAUAUUCCGCAUUACAGCGGACCACCGGCCCCAUUGGGUCCAGAUGGUCGCGUAGUUGACACACCCGAGGUCCAGCAAGCCAAGGCCGUACAUUUCUCUCUUUACAAUGCGGAAGCGCAACGCGUGCCGGCCGGUCCAGCUCCAGUCGCCGCCGGCGCCUACGAUCCGUCCUGGAACAACGGAGGCUAUAAUCCCGCUUGGGACAGUCCGGCUAGCAGUUAUUAUUAAUUCGCAAGCAGAAAUCGGAUCUCAAAACGACCCAUGACACGCACUCCCGCUCGUUCGAUGGACGUUGAUGUGGACAGCGAAAUCGAUCGAUCGAUCGAUCGAUCGAUCGAUCGAUCGAUCGAUCACGCUGGAUCACUCAAGAUCCUCGGUCUCCUCUCUUAGCUACCUCAGAGAAUUGGAAAAAGACUAAGAUAUCAUUAUCUACCUCCCGAACGGCGCUGAUGUAUAUCCCUAUCUGUAUUUUCAGCACCGCUUUUCAUACACUUCCCAUUUAUCACGCGCGAGUACUUGUAUCCGGUACGUAUAUAUAUACGAUGGAAAGAAAUACAUGUAUAUGAGAUC